AGAGGGAUGGAGAGACACGGGGGGGAGGACAAGACACCGACUCUCGCUUUCUUUCUUCAUAUGGGGGACGAGAGGGGGAGGAGAAGGGGAGAUUAACCGGCUGAUCUGCGACACGCGCUGAUACACUCUCAUCACACACGCGCGCGCACGCACGGUUUCAUCUGGCUCAGCGGCAGCAUCACCGGCGAGGGUCGCGAGACAAAGAGCAGGAGACGGAAACCUGCUCCAGCGGGGAUCCGGGACCCAGAUCGGGCCAGAUCAGGUAGAGACGGGCCAGAUCAGGGACGAGGGAGAACAGGUGGGUCGGGAGAGGAACCGGGGAGAGGAGGGAAGGCCUUGGUCGGUCCCGGCAGCAUCUGCAUGAGCGUGUGAUGGCCGACCACAUGUGUGUUCGCUGAGUUCGCCUCGCGGUGGGUGUGUUCGCUGUGCUGCUGUGAUGGGGAACACUGAGAGCAUGGAGAGCCAGCUGGCGGUGAUCCGGUCCAGAGCCGCACCGGUCCGGCUCCCCAUGCCCGACCCUGCUGAGCUGGAGGAGAGGUUCUCCAUCGCACUGAACUCCAUGAAUCUGCCUCCCGACAAAGUCCGUCUGCUGCGUUCCUAUGACAACGACAAGAAGUGGGAGCUGAUCUGUGAUCAGGAGCGUUUCCAGGUGAAGAACCCACCACACACCUACAUCCAGAAGUUGCAAGGCUUUUUGGACCCAGCAGUGACCCGCAAGCGUUUCAGAAGAAGAAUACAAGAAUCAACGCAGACACUUAGAGAACUGGAGAUUUCUCUUCGUACUAACCACAUUGGGUGGGUCCGAGAGUUUCUGAAUGAACAGAACCAAGGUCUAGAUGUUCUGGUUCAGUAUUUGUCCUUCGCUGUCACGUUUGAUGGUGAGCAGUCAGAUGGCGGAGACUCCUCGUCCAUCGACUCCCCCUGGAGUCGCUCCAUUGAGGACCUGCAUGGAGACUGCACACUUCCCUCUCCGUCCUCAUCCGUCCCCCGAGCUGCUCGUCUCUCCAUCAGCUCAGCCUUGGUGACGCGCUCCAACACACUCCCCAGCCGGCGCUCUCUGAAGAACUGGCGUCUUGUGUCCAAGAAAGACGACGUCCACGUUUGUGUCAUGUGUUUACGAGCCAUUAUGAACUACCAGUACGGCUUCAACAUGGUCAUGUCUCACCCCCAUGCUGUCAACGAAAUCACCCUGAGCCUCAACAACCCGAACCCUCGAACAAAGGCCUUGGUGUUGGAGCUUUUGGCAGCCGUGUGUUUGGUCCGAGGUGGACACGAGAUCAUCCUGUCUGCUUUCGACCACUUCAAAACUGUGUGUUCUGAGUCGAUGCGUUUUGAAAAGUUGAUGGAGGAUUUCAAGAACGAAGAUGACAACAUCGACUUUCUUGUGGCUUGCAUGCAGUUCAUCAACAUUGUAGUCCACUCGGUAGAGGACAUGAACUUCAGGGUCCAUCUGCAAUAUGACUUCACCAAACUCAACCUGGAUGAGCACCUUGAGAGACUCAAACACACUGAGAGUGACAGGCUGCAGGUGCAAAUCCAAGCUUACCUUGACAACGUGUUUGAUGUUGGCACUCUUCUGGAGGAUGCAGAGACCAAGAGUGCUGCCCUGGAGCGGGUGGAGGAGUUGGAGGAGAACCUGAACACGAUGUCAGAGCGCCUGCUGGACGUUGAGAAUGAAGCGAUGCUGAAGAUCGUAGAGCUGGAGAAACAGUUGAUGCAGACUAACAAGGAGCUGGACCAACUGCGUGAUGUCUACGCCAGCGCCAACACGCAGGUUCAUACGCUGCGGCGGAUCGUGCGAGAGAAGGAUCAGACAAUCCGCCGUCAGAGUCGUCUGGAGCGUCAGGCCCAGGAGGCCCAGCAAGCCGGGGGCCCUGGGGCCCCUCAGCCACAAAGAGGAGAAGGGGAUGGUGGUGUGGCUGACUCUGCCUCCCCAUCUCCUCCGCCGUGCACAAAUCUAUCCCCAAGCCCUGAGACUGUAGCUUACCACAACAUGGCACCAGGAGUCGGCAUGGAGCCCGGUGUGCCAGCCCCUCCGCCACCUCCUCCUCCCCCUCCCAUGCCAGGUUCAGCAUAUUCUGCAGCUCCGCCCCCUGCUCCGCCCCCUCCUCCACCACCACCACCCCCCUGUCGGACCAGUGAACUCUCUUCUUGUGUACCAAUGCCACCGCCUCCACCCCCCGUGGCCCCACCACUCCCAGGAACGGGGGCGCCCACGGUCAUCUUCAAUUCUGGACUCGCAGAGGGAGCGCUGAAACUAUUCUGUAGGUCACACACCUGUCAGUCUUUGUCUUGGCUGUGUCUAUUGGUCUCUGUCGCUCUGACCACUUGGAUCAUCUGUCUGUCUCUCGCUCCGACUAACUGCCUCUCUACCCGCCUGUCUAUCUACCUAUGUGCAGCUGUAAAGAUAAAGAAGCCGAUCCAGACAAAGUUCCGGAUGCCCGUUUUAAACUGGGUCGCCUUGAAACCAAGUCAGAUCAACGGAACAGUGUUCAACGACAUUGACGAUGAGGCAGUUUUGCAGGACCUGGACGUGGAGGGCUUCGAGGAGCUGUUUAAGACCAAGGCUCAGGGCCCAGCCGUGGAUCUAACUCUAUCCAGACAGAAGCUGCCCCAAAAAGUUCCGGCCAAAGUGUCUCUGCUGGAAACCAACAGGGCUAAGAACCUGGCCAUUACCCUGAGGAAGGCUGGUCAGGGGUCAGAGGUCAUCUGUCGGGCCAUUCACACGUUCGACUUGCGAACCCUUCGUGUUGACUUCGUCGAGUGUCUGAUGCGUUUCCUGCCGACGGAGGCGGAACUGAAGCUGCUGCGGCAGUAUGAAAGAGAGCGACGUCCCCUGGAGGACCUCAGCCACGAGGAUGCCUUCAUGCUGCAGUUCAGUCGUAUCGAGCGUCUCAACCAGAGGAUGUCCAUCAUGAUCUUCAUGGGGAACUUUAACGAUAAUGUCCAGAUGUUGACACCCCAACUCCACGCCAUCAUCGCAGCAUCAGUCUCAAUCAAAUCAUCUCAGAAGUUGAAGAAAAUUCUUGAGAUCAUCUUGGCUCUGGGGAACUACAUGAACAGCAGUAAGAGAGGAGCUGUCUACGGCUUCAAACUGCAGAGUUUAGAUCUGCUUCUGGAGACCAAAUCCACUGACAGGACACAAACUUUGCUGCACUACAUCGCCAAUGUUGUGAGGGACAAAUAUUCCACAGCAAGUCUCUUCUACAAUGAGCUGCACUACGUGGACAAAGCUGCAGCAGUGAGCCUGGAGAACGUCCUGUGUGAUGUCAAGGAACUGCAGAGGGGCAUGGAACUCACCUGGAGGGAGUUCAGCGUUCAACACAACGUGACACUGAAAGACUUCAUCAGCAGAAACGAAUCACGGCUCAACAAGCUGCAGGAGGAUGCGCGCAUCGCUCAGGACGCGUUUGAAGACACCGUCAAGUUUUUUGGGGAGAGCUCCAAGACGAUGCCUCCUUCUGUCUUCUUUCCCAUUUUUGUCCGUUUCAUCAAGGCUUAUCAGCUGGCAGAGGAGGAAAACGAACAGAGGCGGCGUCAGGAGCAAAUGCUGCUGGAGAAACUGGAGCAAGAGGAGCAGGAGCAGGAAGAGGAAACUACACAGUCUCCAUCCCACAGGGGGAAACGCCAGCAGCAGGAACUGAUCACAGAGCUCAGGCGAAAACAGGGAAAGGACAGUCGCCAUGUUUACGAAGGGAAGGACGGUGCCAUCGAGGACAUCAUUACAGCCCUGAAGACCGUCCCCUUCACUGCACGGUCAGCCAAGCGCAGCUCCCGGUUCUUCUGUGACCCGGCCCAUGCCGAUGACCACUAUUGACAUGGACAGGCCGAGUCCGCCUCAAAUUUACGAGGACAGAUAGCACUUUCUUGACUUUCAACUCAUUUCUUUCUUUAAACAAGCUGACUUUGGAUGAUGGGUCUGUCCACCAAAACCAGAACACAAACCACUCCGGUUCACUACGCCCUGCACCAUCUGAGUGACUUUUAACGUCAGCGAGGUCCAGCUUCUUCUCUGCAGUCGUGACUUAAGUGCUGGUUCUGUUGGGUCCAAUGGUUUGUUUUAGUUUUGCAUUUUCCUGGAUUCUACUUCCUCCUCAGUGCUGCAGGAUUUUGCUUUCUCCCUGGUUUCCACCGAUGUAAGCACAUGGAUCCGGGGUCUCAUUUAUCAGUGAAUCCUCCACACUAAAAGUGUGUGCAUGUACAAAUGCAGGUGUUGUUUUUGCAAGAACCACACGGUAAAUUAGUGUUUUAAAUUGGCCCAAUCCGCCUGUACACAUACACAAAAAUCAAUACGUGGCCAAAACAAAGCACUUUGAUUCUUCUGCAGUACUUGGAAAACACUGUAUUGUUCCAGAGCCUUUUGACUGAAACCAGAGGUAGAGAAUGAGUGAGAAGAGGAAAAAGUAAAAUGGCUCUUUUUACAUUCAUUUGCAGUCAAGCAGUGACAAAAAAAGAAAGCUUUUCCCAAUGCAGUUUAUUUUCCUUGAAGCUGGUGAAAUAUUCUGAUCCCUUAAAAGGGACUUGCGUUUUCAUUGAAAUGGUCCAAUAAGAGAGAACAUAAUUAUUUGGCAGUUACAUCAAAAUCCAUCAGAAAAUGUUGAUUAAUAUUUCAGUAAAUUACUUUAUUUGCAUUCACCGCCCCAACUAACUGGUUAGUUUAAACUUGGCCCACUCACUUCCAAAAUGAUGGCACAAAUUGAAGAGUACCAGCACAUUCUCUGUCCACCUUGUUUUCAUACAUCACUGAUCUCAACCUUUUUAAAUGAAACCCAGACAGAAAGGUCCUCUGAAGACAACUGUCAACACACAAGGUCAUCUUCACUUGAUCUAGCCCUGCCCAGUACUGUCUCUGACCCUAGCCACUCUCUCACUGACACUACUAUCUGACUUACCACCAACCCCUUAGCCCGACUUCCCCUUCCAUGUGAAAAAAAGGCACAAUUUUAUACAUGUAGAUAUUUUUUCUAGUUUGUGUAUCUUUGCUCGUUCAGUGUUUGUUGAUGAAAUAAAAUGUUGUUGCAGUCAUACUUUUCUAGGUGAGCAAUUAUCAGCCUACAAGAUAUCAUUAAAGCAACUAACUUGAAAAUGAUCAAAGUGCAGUU